AAUUCGACAGCUUCCGCCCGAAGGUUCCAUGCAUCACGAAUAAACAAACAGUGCCCAUCGGGGACAAGAGCAAGAUCACGCCUGGGGAGAAUGUUAUCAAAAUAACUCCGCGUAUGAUUGUUGCCUGGCUGGUGAUUGGAUAUGCAUCAUUUGAGGCUUAUCAGAUUCUACGUAAGAGUUGGAUGCCGUUAGAAAUCAGUUUCCAGGAGUUCUCUGACACCUUAUUGAGGAACCAUGAGGUCCAUCAUCUCGAAGUCGUGAACUCGCACGAAGUACUCGUAUAUCUCAACAAGAACAAAGCCUUCACUGCCACCGGUACUUCAGAGGACAGUUUGAUUCGCUCGCGUUUGGCCAAGCGUGCAGGAGCGUCUGCGCCGCGGAACACAAACGAGUAUGCGCACCAUCAGGAUGGCACAUCUGGCGAUACUCAACCUCUGUCAAUCGAGAUCACCAACCCGACUGCCCAAGGGGAAGGUCCAUCAUGUGUGAAGCCCAGAUACGCGUUCAGUAUCGGUGCUGUCAAUGUGUUCGAAGAACAGCUGCAACAGGCUCAGGCGGCACUGGGAUACAUCAUGGAGGAUCAGGUACCGCUUACCUUCCACAGUAAGACGGACGUCACCCGUGAGUUGUUAAGUCUUCUCCCAACGCUCUUGCUGAUCGGGCUCAUGCUCUUUGGACUGCGCGGCGCCCUCGGCGGAGCGGGUGGUAUGGGCCCUGGCGGUGGUGCCGGAGGCGGAGGCGCCGGUGGUGUGUUUGGCAUGAGAAAGUCGACCGCCAAAAUGAUUACCCCAGAGACCAUCUCCAUCACGUUCAAGGAUGUUGCUGGGUGUGAAGAGGCCAAGAUUGAGAUUAUGGAGUUUGUCAAUUUCCUGAAGAAACCCGAUAUGUACCGAAAAUUGGGUGCCAAGAUUCCGAAAGGUGCUAUCCUGAGUGGACCGCCUGGAACAGGUAAGACACUUCUGGCGAAGGCUACCGCGGGAGAGGCGGGUGUACCAUUCCUGUCGAUUUCCGGUUCCGAAUUUUUGGAGAUGUUUGUCGGUGUGGGUCCGGCGCGGGUGCGGGAUCUGUUUGCUGAGGCACGGAGGAACACUCCCUGUAUCAUCUUCAUUGACGAGAUCGAUGCUGUGGGCCGUGCGCGUGGGAAGAGCGGCAAUUUCUCUGGUGGAAGUGAUGAGAGAGAAAACACGCUCAAUCAGAUGUUAGUAGAGAUGGACGGGUUCUCACCCUCUGAGGAUGUGGUGGUUCUUGCUGGUACUAAUCGAGUGGAUGUGUUGGACCCAGCGCUCUUGCGUCCUGGUCGAUUUGAUCGGCAAAUUCACGUGGAUCGCCCCGAUAUCAAAGGUCGCGCUUCUAUUUUCAAGGUACAUCUCAAGCCUAUUAAACUGGACGAGUCUGUGUCGGUAGAGGAUAUAGCGCGACAGCUGGCUGCUCUCACUCCUGGGUUCACUGGAGCAGACAUUGCGAAUAUCUGCAACGAAGCGGCGCUGAUUGCCGCCAGGGGCGCAGCCAAGUCUGUGUCUAAGACGCAUUUCGAUCAGGCCAUAGACCGAGUGAUCGCAGGGCUGGAAAAGAAGACGAAGGUGCUCUCACCCGACGAGAAGCGGACCGUGGCGUAUCACGAAGCCGGGCACGCGGUGUGUGGGUGGUAUCUGGAGCACGCCAGCCCACUUUUGAAGGUGUCCAUCAUUCCUAGAGGUCAGGGCACCCUAGGAUUUGCGCAGUACUUGCCGAAGGAUCAGUACUUGUACUCCACGGAACAGCUGCUCGAUCGCAUCUGUAUGACAUACGGUGGUCGUGUGGCGGAGGAUAUUUUCUUUGGCAGAAUCACCACAGGCGCACAGGACGAUCUCGAUAAGAUCACCAAGCUGGCCUAUUCGCAGGUCACGCUGUACGGUAUGAACAUGAAUGUGGGGCAGCUAUCGUUCCCUCAACAGGAUGGCCAGCAGUCUCUGACCAAACCUUUCAGUGAGGCGACCGCGCAGCUCAUCGACGACGAGGUGCGCAAGAUUGUCAACGAUGCGUACAAGCGCACGCACGAUCUUCUGACCGAACACAAGGGUGACGCCGAGAAAGUUGCCAAGUUGUUGCUUGAGAAGGAGGUUAUAACCCGUGAUGACAUGGUAGACCUUCUUGGGCCGCGUCCCUUUGCCGAGAAAACCUCGUAUGAAGAUAUGGUUCAAGGUACUGGAGGUCUCGAUGAAGAUACCGAAUUGCCCGAAGGACUCAAGGCUGAGAAGGAUCAGAAAGGCUACACUGGAGACAAGGAUUCCGAGGAGAAGGACGAAGAGGCGGAGGUGGAGCCUCGCUACGAACCCGAGAUCGCAUCAUGAUCUGGCCUGAUUGUAGAAGCAAAACGUGCAUUGGUCUAUGCCUGGCCCGUGAGUCAGUUUACAUGUGCGCUUGCACCAUCACUGUUUCAGAGGAAUUGCGAGCGCCCAGUAGAGUGCUGUACGGGUCAAUAUUUAGUAUUGUGUCAGGUAACUGAUAGUGGACAUGAGUGUUUCAGCAUCCAUUAGGUGUGGACUCGGCAUGCGUAUGUUCCUGGUGGGGUAUUAUAGUAAGGUCUUAUGGAUCAAUUGUGGGCUCUCAGGCCCGAGUGUGGUCGCGUAAGAGCUUUGCUUAGGAUAUCACUAGGAAGAUUGGCGCACGCGGUGAGCUUUUAGGCAAUCACACGUGCGUAGUACUGUCGGGCGAAGCAAUGGAAAUGAUUUAUUUAACUACUAGUGUCCGGCGAACUGUCAAAAAAUCCAAACAAAAUUCGAAUAAAUAGUCUACGAAGACUGUACGGAAAAAACCC